AAUCACUGCGCCCUGAAUGCGCUUGUUUCCUCACACCCUUAUCCUCCCAUCAUCAUCUGCUCCAACCAUUUAUUCGCUCUAUUUAACUGGAAUCAAGAGGAACAUGUCGACGAGGAGUUACAAAGACGCGAUCGACCAUCUGAACUCUCUUCAAUCUAAUGCUGCCGCCCUCGAGGCCGUUCGGGCAUCGGGCGGCCGCCUGAGCGAGCUUGCAAUACCCGAGAUGGUCGAAUAUCUGAACAGGAUUGGCUACAGUACCUCUGACCUGAACCGACUAAAUGUGAUACAUAUCACUGGUACGAAGGGCAAAGGCUCCACGUCCGCAUUCACAGAUUCGAUAAUUCGGCACGCUAUGCCUCAGUGGAAAGUCGGGUUAUACACUUCGCCACAUCUUAUCGCCGUGCGCGAACGGAUACGCAUAAACGGAGUACCUAUACCAGAGGAGCAAUUCGCGACUUUCUUCUUUGACGUAUGGGACAGGCUGGAGGAAAAUGACACGAGAGCUCUUCCGCAAACAUCAAAGAUGCCGGGAUACUUCAGAUUCGUAACUCUUGUGGCCUAUCACGCGUUCCUGACCCUCAAAGUCGACGCAACAGUCCUCGAAGUUGGCGUCGGCGGGAUGUACGACAGCACGAACAUCGUACCGAAGCCAAUCGUCACAGGAAUCUCAGCCCUCGGCAUCGACCAUACCGCUGUGCUGGGCAAGACACUCAAGGAGAUCGCGUGGCAGAAGGGAGGCAUCUACAAGGAAGGCGUUCCGGCUUUGACAGUCGAUCAACCGGAGGAAGGAAUCGAAGUUCUUCGGCAGCAAGCAGACGAUAGAAAGGCAUCUGAGUUCAUAGUGGCGCAGCCUACACCUGGGUUGUCAGAGGUCAAGCUAGGCCUGGCAGGGUCCCAUCAAUACCAAAAUGCAAAUCUAGCAGUUCAUCUCGCAAAGAAAUUCCUGCAAGCUAAAGGCGUCGUGGAAUCAGAAAAUGGAUUGCCUGAGAGCUUCGUGGAGGGUCUUCAACGUACGAAAUGGCCAGGACGCUGUCAGACCGUCCCAGACCCUAAGCACUCUACCUUGACUUGGUUCCUGGAUGGCGCACAUACGAAGGAGAGCCUGGAGUGCUGUAUGCAGUGGUUCGUAAGCCCUGACGUUGCCUUGCGGCAUCCACCUACAUCCCAACAGCCAAGAAGAGUGUUAGUGUUCAACUGCACGAAUGGCCGCUCCGGCAAGGCGUUGUUGGGCACAAUGAUCGACAAGACGGCUACCCAGCUGAAGCUCUAUGGCCGUCAGGAUGGCCUAAACAUGUUUUACGACCACGUUAUCUUCUGUACCAAUGUGACCUACGCAGACGGCGGGUUCAAGGGCGACCUUACGACUUUUGCCAUUCCGACAGAUGACCUCGCACACUUGCAAACGCAGCACGAUCUCGCUACAGCGUGGUCAUCAUUGCUGUUUGCAUUCCCCUCGGACCAUGUCCACGUCCUGCCUUCCGUUGAACAUGCUAUCAAGCUCGUAUAUAACCUCCGUGCCGAGUCCGCAGAGCGGCAGACGGACGUGCUUGUCUCGGGCAGCUUACACCUCGUCGGCGGUGUGAUUGAGGUCGCGGGGUUGUCUCAAGUGGCGUUGUGACGCAAGUGCUGUUGAUACUAGAUUUUCCUAAUUUGCUAUGAUUUUUCUGUCAUGCGCCUUCAACAGUCACCUAGAUUAGACAAGAUACCAUACUUUACAAUGCUACCGUCUCAUCUAUGUUCGUUUUCUCCUUGCCCUUUUUGACAUAUAGUUUGAACCUC